GUAAUCUAUUCAUAGUUGAGUUUUGACGUUUCUGACUUUUCUCGGAAAAAGUGCUCUUGUCAAAAAAUUGUUUUUCUGAUAUAUUCUCGAUCAAAUCGGUCUUAAUUUUUCAAAAUGAACCGGCUCUUUGGACGUGCGAAGCCAAAAGAACCACCACCAAGCAUCACUGACUGUAUCGCUGGAGUCGACAGUAGAGCAGAUUCAGCGGAGAAGAAAAUAGCGAAGUUAGAUUUAGAGCUUAAGAAAUAUAAGGACCAAAUGGUCAAAAUGAGAGAAGGACCUGCGAAAAAUGCAGUGAAAGCCAAAGCCUUGCGUGUUCUUAAACAGCGAAAAAUGUAUGAGUCCCAAGUUGAUAACUUGAGGCAGCAGGCUUUUAAUAUGGAGCAAACGAACUAUGCUACACAAACCUUAAAAGACACUCAGGCUACUGUCGUUGCUAUGAAAGAUGGCGUGAAACAAAUGCAGAAGGAGUUCAAAAACAUUAACAUCGAUCAAAUAGAGGAUAUGCAUGAUGAUUUAGCGGAUAUGUUGGAAGAAGCAAACGAAGUUCAAGAGGCAAUGGGUCGUAGUUACGGAACACCUGAAAUCGAUGAUGACGAAUUGGAAGCAGAACUUGCUGCUCUAGGAGACGAUCUUGCCUUGGACGAAGACACUUCGUACCUCGACGAUGCUAUCAAAGCGCCGAGUGCACCUGAUAAGGAACCAGGAGCUGCUUCCGUGAGAAAUAAGGAUGGAGUCUUGGUUGACGAAUUCGGCUUGCCGCAGAUACCUGCUAGUUAAUUAUUUCUAUGUUUUUGUUUUCAGUGUCUACUCUUUAAAAUACAUAUGCCCAAAGACACUUUUCUGCUCGAUACGAGCGACAACGCUUCAGAGCGCACUUGUCUUGCAAAGCAAACAGUAGAGAUUUCUCUCAUCGUUUCAAAGGCGUCGUACAUGCUUUCUAUAAUUAACGGAAUAUCUUUUCUUCUAUUAAUGUGUAUAAAAUACGUUAUUGUGAGUCAAAUUUAAGGCUGGAUCGGUUUUGCAUAUUACAAAAAGAUAUUAAAAUAAAAUAUUAAGCUUAUAGUUAA